AAGACAGUACUAUCAUAUGUGGCCAUGAGAUGGCAGCAGAGAGAGGCAAGGUGAGGGGCUGGGAGUGGGCCGACUUGGGGAUGGGUUGUGGGAGGAGCUGGCCCUAUAUUUCAGCACGGUGAUCUUUGCCAGCUGAAGUCUAUUCCUGCAGACUACUCCCCUGUGACCGCCUGUCUGAUUACCAGGUCUUUACAGACGCUUUGCUUUGGCCAAACUCUGCCAGCAGAAACCGCACCAGUGUGACCUUGGCUGGCCGAGGGGGUAGUAAUGUGUGUUCCACAUGGUGAGUAUGGCAGGCAGGAUGUCACCUGCACAAGGCAGCUUAGUGAAAGGGCAUCAGUGCAUGUUGAAAGCAGGGUUUCCCCAUCCCCCUGCUGCCAGGCUUGUGGCCCCAGGUGCUCUGAAAGGGGUCACCCGAACCCAGCCUGCUCCAGUCAUGAGAGGAUGAGCCCUGUUGCUGGGAAGCUGGCUGAAGGCCAAGCAAAGGAUGCUGGGAUGGGGUGGUGGCAGGGAACAUGGGACGAGGCAGCUGUCUCUGGAAGCAGACAAGAUGUCCCUGGCUUCAGCAGGGGUGGGGCGGUAAGAGGAUUAGGUGACAGUCCCCUAACUCAGCCCGGAACUAACACCCUGCCCCCCCGCCCCAUGAGCCUUGGCCUGCCCCGCUCCGAGCCUGCCAACGUUCAGAAUAACCCUGAGGACCAGACAGCAGGAUGGCAGGGGCUCUGCUCAGCGCCCUCUUCCUCUUGCAGCUUCUUGGCCGAGGUGAGGGGAAUGAGGAGUUGCGCCUUUAUCACCAUCUUUUCGACAAUUAUGACCCACAAUGCAGGCCAGUGAGGGAGCCUGAGGACACUGUCAGCAUCAACAUCAAGGUCACCCUGACCAACCUCAUCUCGCUGAACGAGAAGGAGGAGACCCUCACCACCAGCGUCUGGAUUGGAAUCGACUGGGACGACUACCGACUCAACUUCAGCAAGGAGGACUUUGGGGACAUCGGGAUCCUGCGGGUCCCGUCCACACACGUAUGGCUACCAGAGAUUGUGCUGGAAAACAAUAUCGACGGCCAGUUCGGGGUGGCUUACGACUGCAACGUGCUGGUCUACGAGGGCGGCCACGUGAGCUGGCUGCCCCCCGCCAUCUACCGCAGCGUCUGCGCCGUGGAAGUCUCCUACUUCCCCUUCGACUGGCAGAACUGCUCGCUCAUCUUCCGCUCUCAGACGUACAAUGCCCAGGAGGUGGAGUUCGUCUUUGUGGUGGGCGAUGACGGCGAAACCAUCAGCAAGAUCGAUAUCGACACUGAGGCCUACACCGAGAACGGCGAGUGGGCCAUCGACUUCUGCCCCGGGGAGAUCCACCGCCAGGACGGAGGCUCCGCUGACGGCGCAGGCGGCAUUGACAUCGUGUACACGCUCAUCAUUCGCCGGAAGCCGCUCUUCUACAUCAUUAACAUCAUUGUGCCCUGCGUGCUCAUCUCAGGCCUGGUGCUGCUCGCCUACUUCCUGCCAGCGCAGGCCGGCGGCCAGAAAUGCACCGUCUCCAUCAACGUCCUGCUCGCCCAGACCGUCUUCUUGUUCCUGAUCGCCCAGAAAAUCCCCGAGACGUCGCUGAGCGUGCCGCUGCUGGGCAGGCAUGAGGCGGACCCCGGGAGACCGCGUCCGCACAGGCACAGCCAGGAGGUGUCCGACUGGGUGCGCAUGGGGAAGGCCCUGGACAACAUCUGCUUCUGGGCGGCGCUGGUGCUCUUCAGUGUGGGCUCCAGCCUCAUCUUCCUGGGGGGCUACUUGAACCAGGUGCCGGACCUGCCCUACCCGCCGUGCAUGUAG